UUGCAUCUGUCCCCAUUCCCUUGUAAUAAAACAAAGAAAGGUGGUUCAAACAAAAACUAAUCAACCGUUGCCUCAUUAUUCUAUUCAUUUUCUGCUCUUGGUCUCUUCUCUCACUCCAUUUGAAUCCCAUUUCCCUUGUCUCUGCAAGCUUAUACUUGUUCACUGCACUCGGAACUGAUCGGCUAUCCAUUUUCUCGUCAAGAUACAGCCUCGGGUUCCCCCCAAAAGCGUUUGAUCUUCGUUUGUAUGUAUGUCUGUCUUCGUGAAGAGACUUGUUGAGAAGGCUUCUUUGAAGAAGCCUGCAGGGUUUUCAGACAGUUUGAGACCUGAUGAUGUAAACCCUCAUUUAGUUUUCCAUUAUGGGAUUCCAUCUGGUUCUAAGCUGCUGGCAUAUGACUCAAUUCAACAAAUUCUUGCUAUUUCAACUAUGGAUGGACAAAUCAAAUUGUUUGGUAAAGAUGGCUCACAAGCUCUACUGGAAUCUGUAGAGACAGUAGCAAGCAAAUUUUUGCUGUUCAUUGAGAACCAGGGUGUCCUUCUAAACGUAAAUGUCAACAACCAUAUUGAGAUCUGGGAUAUAGACAGGAAGUGUUUGUCUGCCGUUCAUCACUUUGAGAAGGAUAUCACUUCAUUUGCAGCCAUGCGCAAUGGAUCGUACCUGUAUGUUGGGGAUUCUGCUGGUGAUAUAUUGAUCCUGAGACUACAUCAAGAUCAACGUCAUAUUGAACUCAUGAAUUACAGCAUUCCUCUUUCAGCAUCUUAUGGCAAGACAGAUGAAGUUGGAAGUGAUACUGCAGUACAAUAUAUCCUACCUCAACCAACAGCUGAAACUAAAAGGGUCCUUAUUAUCUAUUCUAAUGGUGUUAUUACAUUGUGGGCAAUCCGAGAAAGCAAAACCAUUUUUGCAAGUACUGGUGGUACGACUUUACAAUCUAUGCAUCAAGAAGCAAAGAAAGUAACAGCAGCAUGUUGGGCUUGCCCUGCUGGAACUAAAGUAGUUGUUGGGUACAGCAGUGGAGAUAUAAUUCUCUGGAGUGUUCCAUGUCCCCCAGAUCCAAAGACUGAACAAGCUUCGCAAAAUGAAUUGUCUGCUAGUCAAAUUACUCCAAUUUCUAAGCUGAAUCUUGGAUAUAAAGCAGAAAAAAUUCCAAUAGCAAAGUUAAAAUGGGCUUAUGCAGAUGGAAAAUCAAGUAGACUAUAUGUUUUAGGCUGCUCCAACCAUCAUUCUGCCAACUCGCUGCAGGUCGUUCUGCUGAAUGAAUAUACUGAAACUCGCACUAUUAAGUUAGGGCUCCAACCCCCUGAGUCCUUGGUUGACUUGGAAAUCACAACAAGCUGUGUCGAACAAAACAAGCAUAGACACGAUUCUCUUCUUUUGCUUGGGAGGUCAAGUCAUCUGUAUGUCUAUGAUGAUUCUUUAAUUGAAAGAUACCUGGUACAGUGCCAAACCAAGUCACCACCUUCACUUCCAAAGGAGGUAAUAGUAAAGCUGCCAUAUGGUGAUUCAAGCAUCAGCAUAAGCAAGUUUAUAACAAGUACUCCAUCUAUGCCAUGUUCUGCAGAUGAGGACUUCAAUAUGCUGGCAAAAAACAGUUUGCCACUUUUUCCAUUUGAAAGAAGUCUGAAAGAUGGAAGCAACUCAAACUCAACCACUUUUAGUCCAUUUUCAAAGGCUAGGAAUAUAUUUAUAACAGGACAUAGUUCUGGGGCAAUUAACUUCUGGGAUGCAUCUUGCCCACUUUUGCUUCCAGUAGCAUCUAUAACUCAACAGAGUGAUAAUGAUUUUUCUGUCAGUGGCAUACCAGUGACAGCAUUGUACUUUAGCUGCGACUCACACAUUCUCGUGUCUGGAGAUAAAAGUGGAACGGUCCGUAUAUACACAUUAAAAUCUGAGACAUUUGUCCCACAGAGCACGUUUGCGUCCUUCCAAGGAAGUUCAAAGAAGGGAAGCAAUCACAUCAUCCGUAGAAUCAAAGUGGUGAAGGUUAAUGGUGCAGUACUCUCCAUAAGUACAACUGAAACUCUAAAACAGCUUGCUGUUGGGUCAGACCAAGGAUAUGUGUCAUUAAUUGAUCCUGAGGGACCUAGUGUCUUGUACCAAACACACAUUGCCAGCGAACUUUGCACAGGGAUCAUUUCAAUGCAUUUUGAAACUUGCAGCUUCCACGGCUUUGAGAAGAAUGUUAUGAUUGUAGCAACAAAAGAUUCGUCUGUUUUGGCGCUUGAGCGGGAUACGGGAAAUACACUAAGCUCUGGUAUUGUUCGCCCAAGUAAACCAUCAAGAGCUUUAUUCACGCAGAUUUUGGGUAGAGGAUCCACCGUGCCAGAUGGUGUGGACAUCAACAACAUUAAUUCUGACAACUCAUUGCCAAAGCAAUCAUUUCUAUUGCAAUGCUCUGAAAAAGCCGUUUAUACAUAUUCCUUAUUGCAUUUAGUCCAGGGUGUUAAGAAAGUGAUGUACAAAAAGAAGUUCAAUUCAUCUUGUUAUUGGGCAUCAACUUUUGGCUCCCGUGAUGUUGGGGUUAUACUUCUUUUUGCCAGUGGUAAAGUUGAGAUAAGGUCCGUGCCAGAAUUAUCCCUUGUGAAGGAAAGUUCAAUAAGAGCGGUCACAUUUUCCAAUUUGAGACCGUUCUCUGUAUCUGAUGUUGUAGUGUCGUCGUCUGAUGAUGGUGAACUCAUUAUUGUUAAUGGCGACCAGGAAUUACUUUUUGUCUCAACUUUGCUUCGUAAGGAGGCUUACAGAUGUCUGGACUCUGUUUCGCAAGUUCUUAACAAAGACUUGGUCACUGCUCAAGGGCUCAUCUCUUCAUUUUCAUCUAAAGAAAAGAAAAAGGGUAUGUUCAGCUCCGUGAUAAAAGACAGUAAGAGUGCAAAACCAAAGAAUGGGCAAGAGGUAGAAACUGAAGAUUCUGCACGAAGUAUGGAAGAACUGUCGAUGAUAUUUUCAGCUGUUAACUUCCCAACUGAUACUGAAACCGAGGAAAAGAUCAUCAUGAAUGAGGAGGACGGGAACUUGGAUAUAGAUGACAUUGACAUUGAAGAUCCAAAAGACAAACCAAGAGGAUAUCCAGUGAUAGCAGGACUGAAUAGACAGAACAUUACGAAUACGUUUCAAGCAAUUAAAGGCAAGUUGAAACAUGUGAAGGUAAAAAAUGAUAAAGUGCCAAUAAAUGAUGAGCAACAACAGGACGAGAAGACUGGUGCUGUUGAUCAAAUAAAGAAAAAAUAUGGCUACGCUUCUUCUGGUGAGUCAAGUGCUGCAAAUACGGCAAAGAACAAGCUGAGCGAAAAUUUGAGGAAGUUGCAGGGCAUCAGCCUGAAAACUACCGAAAUGCAGGACACAGCACGCUCAUUCUCUUCUAUGGCCAAAGAGGUUCUGCGAUUUGCUGAAAAUGAGAAAAAGGGGUCCUGAUCUUAUUGUCGUUUGGUUGCCCACACUAACUAUUUCUCCGUCCCAAAUUCUGUUGCGUUUGACAUAUUCUACUCAAGCGUAUCUGUAUUCUUUAUAGUUCAUUUACGAACAAACAACAUAAUUAAAAAUGUUGCAGCAUGCGUCGCUGCAAGUAUUUAUAUGUAUAUGCAUGUAUAUAUAUAUAUAUAUAUAUAUAUAUACUCGUGAUGUUUCUAAAGGAUUUGGUAUGUAAUGUUAUUCUGUUUAUGCUUGUCUA